ACACUAUAAAUGUAUUUCAAAAGCACCACAAAAGGUUAAGGAACUAUAAUCAGGACUUACCUCUGCUUCUGCUUCUACUUCAAGGCACUGGGUCGACGAAAAUCCACAAACAUGGUUCAAACGCUUACUUUCCUGUUCUAUCUCUCUUCAUUCUCAUUUCUUUCCAUCGUCCGAGCUGAAGGCAGAGCACCUCAUGGCCUGGUAUAUGAGAACCCGGUGGCGUUCUCUCCAAUGGCGUAUGAUUUCUUCCAUCCAAGAACCCGGAGUCCCAAUGCCGAAGACCCAUGUGGUGCAUCCAAAUGCUCCCCUUUGCCCCUUGCAGCUCAACUGCAAUCUAAUCCUGCACAAGAAAGCAAAUACUCCACAACAACUCAGAAAGGUGAGGGGGUUGGUGGGAUUCUGGGAAUUGUGUUUGGCAUCACAUUUGCUGUGUUUUUGGCGAUGGGGGUGUACUAUGUACUACGUACCCGCCUAGCCAACACAAACCGAGCCAUGUCUGCAAAACCUGGUGCUUGACAUGCUCAAAUCCAACAUGUUUAUGAGCCUAACAAACACUUGGGCACUUCUCUUCCUCGGUUUAGUUUAUUACUCCUUUCUUGUUUAUUUCUCCAAGAUUGAUAGCGGCUAUGGCUAUACAUAUUUAUUAUUCUGUUAUAUAUAUAGUAGGCUGUUCUAUAUCUAUCGUCUAAAUUGUGUUUCCUAAAAU